UUGCCCUCAGCAGUGAGUGUAAAGACUGAGAGCCAUGAAGUGCUUGGCUCUGGUGGUGUCUGUGGCUGCCCUCGUCGUGGGGGUGGCUUCAGAGGCUACAGUCACUUCGAGAACCCCGUAUUGGCUGGGUGACGCAGGCGGUGUGGUUCUUUACAUCUAUGGAGCCGACUUCAGCGAGGACGAGUUUAGCCAGUUUGACCCCUCCCUUGGAAAUCGAGUCACCUUGGUAAACGAAGAGGAUGAGAUUGAAUGCAAAGUUAUCACCUACCUGUCCACCACUAACAAGAUCACGUGCAGUACCGGGCCACGUCUCAAGCCAGCAGCGAGUCGUGUGUACAACAUUGUGGUGUACGUGGAUGGUGUGCUGGCUGCAGGAUCCAACCAGCAGGAAGUCCAGUAUGGCCACUGGGUCGCUCCGAAAGUUCAAAGAGUGACGCCCAGCUGGUCUCUGCCGGGGGCGCUGGUGGAACUGUCUGGCUAUUUUCACACUAACAAGUACUACAAGGUGGACUAUGGUGACCCACUGGAGGAAGACCCAAACUCAGGCACAGUGAUCACCAAAGCGUUCGUCGGGGGUGUUCCGUGCAUCUUCAAGGAUGAGAACGAGGAACUUCUUGGCACUGUGAACUCCAAUAAGCUGACCUGCCGUCCUGAAGCCCAGCUGGUGGGUCCCAUGAAUGGCUCAGUGUUCGUGACCUACCGUGGGGCUUCAGUGACCGACCAGUAUGGGAAGAUGAUCGACCGUCAUGAUAGGCUCUUCCAGUACCAUACUUACGCAGGUGUGAACAGUGUGAGUCCAGCCGGUGGGUCAACAGCGGGUGGAACACUUCUCACUAUCGAGGGUGUGGGCUUUGAUCCUUACAUGGAGAAAACUAAGGUGGAGGUGGGCGGUGUGGAAUGUGCCGUGCAGGAAAUCAGCGACACUCAGAUCAAGUGCCUCACCCCAGCCCAGGAUGACACCUUUGCCGGCUCAGGUGAGCGAGGGGUGCUCAUGGAGGUAUAUGAAGGAGAAUACUUUGAAACUAACUUUAAUGACGAGCAGAGUUGGGCGGCCUUGACUCCCUCACACGCCGGGUAUCGCUCCUUCGUGUCCGAGGAACCCAUGCUGCUCUUCCCCGUGGAGAUAAACCAGGAUUCCGUGGGCACAAUCAAAGGGUACUUCCAUGCAUCUCAUGAUGGCCUCUAUGCCUUUGGAUAUGCUGCCGGGGACCGCACUGUGAUGUUCAUGGCAGUAGAUGGGAACCCUGAUAACAUGGUCGCUCACCAACACGGGAUGGAGUACGCUUUCACGCAGGACACCCGGCAUACUUCGAGAUCCGCUUCCGUGCUAGAGGUAAUGUUCAUAGUGGUGGAUAUAAACAGCAAGUUCGUGGCCAGCCAGACCUGGAUGGCUGGCAAUGAGAGACAUAGAGUAAGGAUGGACAUCAAGGAGGUGUUUGAGAAGCAGAGCAUUGUGAUCCAGAGAGCAGAAGGGGACACAGAGCCAGUCAUUGGUAGUCUGUUCAUGAAUGGCAUCUCCUCGGCACCUGUUGAUGUUUCUGAUUCUGCACUGGUCCGAGAGCAGCUACUGGACAUGACAGAGCAGAAAUGUGAGAUGGACCUGAGUGCCGUGGACAGCCGUCACUAUCACACCUUUGAGGACGGCACCAAGCCACCUGGGUGUCUUGGUGACUUUGUGGGCAAAGAGAUGCCUUACUGUGGAAGGAAAAUGUAUAAGCUGAGAAGGACUGACCCAAGGAUCUACAGGGAGACCAACGAGAAUUUGAUGGUCAAUGCUAACAUCCAUAAAUAUCUGUGUUUUGCUGUCUCUGGCAACUUAGAGUCCAGCAUGGCCAUCAACUUCAGGUGGGCUGACAACCAGGGAGGUCCAGAGACGAUACCUUCUGGUUUGAGCGUUCCUUCUCCUCCAGCAGACACCCUCUCCUUCAGCCUGUCGUGGACCUAUACAUGCGUUGACCUUAUUGAAGUGAUGGUGAACUCCUGGGGUGGCUCACAGUACAAUGUUGGUGACAAACUGCUGGUGAAGAACAUUGUGCUGCCCAAACCCGUGGGACCCACUGAUGACGUGUUUGUUGAUGAGGUGGUGUUCCUCAGUGUACAGAUGUCUGUGACAUUGACCCGCCCAUCGGCCCUCAAGUUGCAAGGAAUUCUGGUGGAUGAUGUGGUGGUGGAGGAGAGUGAGACGGAUGAGAGUUACUCCUUGAAGUUCGUCACCACAAACUGUAUGGGUGGAAUGCCGCUGCUGGCUGUCUUUGAGGGGGAAGCGGACAACAACCUCAUCGAGACACUGGCCACGGCUCAGACCUACGACUUCACCAUUGGCACCACCACAGUGACGACAAACAGAGAUGCAGUCGCCACCAACCCUCUCGCAGGAACCUGGGACCUCACCGUUCAGGGACAGACUAUCAGUGACAUACCGGCAGACAUACACCCAUCAACCCUGGACAGCUUCCUGGAGAGUGCUUUGGAAACUAAAUUCUCCGUGAGUGAGAGUGGAAGCUGCAGGAACCACUACUACAAGAUUGAGUGGCAGGAGGACCCUGGCAGGAAGGAGCUCAUGGUGUUGGAUGGUUCUUCUCUGGUGUUUGAUGGGGAAGAGGUGGAGACUGUAGUGACCCGGGACAGUGAAGGAAAAGUGGUGCACAAUCCUCUCGCUGCUGAUUUUGUCACCACCCACAGGGCCUCUCCCCAUGUAAGGCUGGAGGUGAAUGGUUACUUUGGUGCUUGUCUUGGUGACUGUAGCUUCACCUACGAUGACUCCACCACUCCCACACUGACCGCUGUCUCCGGCACUCCAGGUGAGGGGCAACAGCACAGCCUCACCCUGACCGGCACUGGGUUCACCAGCAGCAGCCUUGGUGACUACAGCGUGAGUGUGGGGCCGUGGUCCUGCACCCCAACAGCUGUCACCACCACGGAGCUCACCUGCACUGUUGAGGUGUGGGGUGGCCUGCACACCGUCACGCUCACCAUGCAGCCGGCUGGCACAGCACUCACCACCUCCCCCGUCACCUACCAGGUGCCCGUCACUGUCACCUCGCUCAGCAUCACCGAGGGCGGCACUGGUGGCCAGUACCCCAUCCUGAUCACCGGUACUGGCUUCCCAAACAGUGCUGGCUGGGACGCUGGCAGUGCCACCGUCACCAUGGGCGGCAAUGACUGUGUGGUGAUCUCUGGCUCCCCCACAGAGGUCACCUGCACAGUGCCUGCUGGUGACGGUGUGGUGGACGUGGUGGUGGAUGUGGGCGGCACCACUGGCUCCCUCCCCUCGUCCUUCACCUACGACCCUUCACUCUCACCCACCAUCACCACCCUCUCACUCACCGUCUUCUCCCUCUUCGGACAAGAGGAGCUCGUCAUAACAGGAACAAACUUUGGCUCUUCAGGAUCAGUUAAUAUUGGGUCAGGUUCAUGUGAAGUGACCGAAUGGGCUGAAACAAGUGUGACCUGCCUUACGCCUUCCCUCGCUGCCGGCACGUACACCCUCACACUCUUCGCUGAUGGCUUUGGUGCUGCUCUCAGUGAGGCAGUGUAUGAGAUGCAGGUAACCUCGGCCUCAGCCAUGCAGGGGUCAGUGAAGGGUGGCACUCUGGUCAAGCUGGGCGGCACUGGCUUCGGUUCAGACUGCUCACGAGUCACGGUGAAGCUUGGUGACCUGUACCAUUGUGAGGUGCUCCAGUGCUCUAAUGAAGCCAUCACCUGCCUCACCAAGCCUGCUGUCACCAACCACAAGAUUGUUAAUGUGGGAGGCAACUCUGAGGACAGUGUGGUGUGGGCUCCCAAGCUGCUGAACAUAAUGGAGGGCGACACAGUAACCUGGCAGUGGAAUAAGCUGUCAGACAACUCACAGGUGCGGUAUGGAGUGUGUGAGGUGCCCAGUCCAGUAGAUGGCUGUGAGGACGCUGAUGGCUCUGGCUUCUACUCAGGCGCCCAAACUCUUGCAGGUUCUUUCAGCGUGAGUUUCCCGCAAGAGGGCACCUACCACUACGCCGGUCCUGAGAUUGUGGGCGGCCUGGUGAUGCGUGGCCGGAUCAAUGUAGUACGGCCAGCUCACCAAGUCCUCAAGGUGGCAGUGAUGCUGGGUGAGCAGGAGGCCACGUACCAGGUGGAGGGCAGUGAGGCGGUCACCGUGAGUGGCUGUAACCCCAUCCUGGAGACACCCCUGGAUGGCUGUGACCUGCCUGACCUGACCAUACCUGAUGAUGGUAACCUGUACUUCCAGUUUCACACCUGCUACACACCUGUGGUCACCAGCCUGGCCUCCUCCACCACACACACCGUGGAUGGCCUCAGUGCCCUGGAGAUGUUGGGUGGUGACUCGCUCACCAUCACCGGCUCAGGCUUUGGUGAUGCAGACUGCCAGGUGGAGGUCAGCAUUGGUGACGCGUCCUGUACCGUGACCUCUGCCUCCGACACCUCUGUGACCUGCGAUCUGGAUGACCUGGAAAACCUGAGGUCAGGUGCCUACCUGCCUGUCACUGUCAAGGCAAUCAACAGAGGUGUGGCAGUGACGAACAUAGCAGACUACAAGAACGAGGGUCGUGUGGUGGUGGUGCCUGAAGUCACUGCCCUCAACCCCACAGAAGGCUCCCUGGGCGGUGGCACUCUGGUCACCAUCUCCGGCACUGGUUUGCAGGGCGUGGCAGCCUCCACUGUGGUGGGGCUGGGCGGCAAGGCCUGUGUGGUGCAGGAAGUGUCCUCCACCACAGUCACCUGCCUCACCCCUCCCUCUGACUCUGCCACCACUGUCUCCCUCACCCUGGCUGUGGCUGGCGUGCCAGCCAAGAUGGACGCCCUGACCUUCACCUACAGCGAGGCACGCACUCCUGUGGUUAGCAGCAUGGCUGUGGAGGGGGAGGUGGUGACCCUGUCUGGCCAGAACUUUGGCAGUGAUGGCUCCCAGAUCACCAUCACUCUGGUGGCCCAGACUGACUCCCGCAGCAGCAGCAGCCUGGACACACAGGACCUGCAGGGCUUCAGGGUGCUGGAGGAGGAGGAGGAGGAGGAGGAGGCCAUGAAGGAGAUGCUUGAUGAUGACAUUGAUUUCUUUGUGGAUGACGAGCUGGAGCAGCUGGCCCGGGGCGACCUGGCCCAUACAGAGGCCCAUGAUGCAGUGCGUGGGGAGAAGUCCCGCCGCCGCCUCAGACGCAGGCCACGACUCAUUCUGCAGGACAUGCUGGAUGCCCCCGAGGGAUUUUGGGGCACCUUCACUGGCACUGGGGCAGCCACCUUUAAGGACACACUGAGGCUGGGAGCCUGGCGCAUGGCUGGCACUGCGCCCCUUCCCCGCACCAAGGACCACCACACCCGUGAGGCACCCGCACACCAGCGACAGUCUGACCCCGCCACCUACUCCUGCACCGUCACCAACCUCACCCCCACCGAGGCCACCUGCACUGUGGACGGCCUGCCCGCCGGCUCCUACAGUGCCGAGGUGAAUGUGGCUGGGGCUGGAGAUGCCCUGGCUGAUGGGGUGACCUCUGAUGCUGUGCCUGUGGUGGCCUCCAUCACACCAGAGUCUGGCAGCACCAAUGGUGGGGCGGUGCUGGUGGUGGACGGCUCGGGCUUCAUUGCCGGUUCUACAGCAGUGACGGUGGGCGGCGCUGACUGCACCCUGCUGACGGAGAAUGCCAACCAGAUCUCCUGCCGUGUGCCAGCUGGUGCUGCAGGGGCGGUGGCAGUGGUGGUCAGCGUGGCCGGCAGUGAUGACGUGACGGCUGCCACUUCCUUCACCUACGACGCGGCCCUCACGCCAACACUGGAGUCUGUCACACCCUCUACUGACGUGACAGGCGGUGCUACCCUCACCCUGGCUGGCACUGGCUUCACCCUGUCCGGCAGUGACCCCGAGGUGCUCAUUGGUGGCGAGAGCUGUGUGGUGAGCAGCCCUGCCACCGCCACCUCCCUGCAGUGCACCGCCCCUACUCUGGCUGGAGGGAGCCAUGAGGUGGUGGUGAGGGACACAAUGUAUGGUGACUCCAACACUCUCACCAUCUCCUUCGCCUUCUCCCUCGCCUCUGUCACUCCCUCUGUUGGGAGCUUUAGUGGUGCUGAGGUCACACUGGCAGGCCAAGGCUUUGACCCCGCUGGCAGCUCCACAGUGACCUUCUGUGACCUGCCCUGUGAACCAGUGACCAUUGACGGCACCACAUCCUUGACCUGUGUGGCACCGGCCCAGCCAGCUAGUGAGUCUGAUGUGGCAUGUGACGUGGUGGUGAGCAACCCCGAUGGUUCAACGGCCAGCCUGGUGGGUGGCUUCACAUACCAGGUUGCCCUCACUCCCAUCGUCACCAAUGUGUCACCCCAGCGAGGUGGCACUGCUGGCGGCACCACCCUCACCAUCACCGGCACUGGCUUUGAGUCAAGUGGCAACACCGUGACGAUUGGCGGGUCGGAGUGUGUGGUGUCCUCACAGGGGCCGGAGAGCAUCACCUGUGUCACCGAGGCUCACCAGGGCCCGGGUCAGUUCCCAGUCCAGGUCACCGUUCCCGGGAAAGGCUUGGCGACAACUGACGAGAAUGGCAUUUUCUUCUACAUCGACCUGUGGAGUUCACCUUUCACCUGGGACAACCAACCACCACCGUCAGAGGGCCAGCUUGCCGUGGUCACAGAGGGCCAGACGCUGCUGCUGGAUCAGUCAACACCGGUGCUGAAGAUGCUACUGAUCCAGGGUGGUCACGUGGUGUUUGACGUGGAGGCAGUGGAGGAGCUGGUGCUGAGGGCAGAGUAUAUACUGAUAGUGGAGGGUGGUUCUCUCAGUAUUGGGUCAGAAGAGGAGGCGUUCCCUGGCGAUGCUGUGAUAGAGCUGUACGGCAACACGCAGUCCAUUGAGCUGCCUAUGUAUGGUGCUAAGGUAUUAGCGGUGCGGGAUGGUACGCUGGACCUUCACGGCAAACACGUCCCCAUCACCUGGACCCACCUGGCCCAGACCGCAGAGGCAGGAGAGACCACCAUCACCCUGGUGCUCCCUGUCACCUGGAAACAAGGAGACCAAAUUGUUAUUGCCACCACAGAGAAGAGAUUCUCCAUCAACGAAAAUGAAGUAAGAACCAUCGCCUCAGUCUCCGAGGACGGCCUGGAGGUCACACUAACGGAGGCACUCGAACACACACACAUCUCGCUCAUCCAGACCCUUGGAGGACGCACAGUGGAGACGCGUGCCGAGGUGGGACUUCUGACUCGUAACAUUAAGAUCCGCGGGAAUAUUAACGCUGAUUUUACGGAGAAUAUCGAAGGCUGCGGUGAAACAUGGACCCCUGACCAGUUUGACACCCAGACCUGCUUUAACGGUCGGUUUGGUGACGAGAUCGGCAGUGACCAGUUUGGUGCCACGGUGAUGCUGUUUGGCAAGUACCCCGACCAGGACUUGGUGACUGGCCAUAUUGAGUAUGUGGAGGUCACUGAGGCAGGCCAGGCUUUCCAACUUGGCCGGUACCCACUCCACUUCCACAUGGUCGGCGAUGUGACCGGCUCAUACAUUCGUGGUUGUGCCGUUCACCGCACCUACAACCGCGCGGUGACAAUCCACGGGGCGAAUAAUCUGGUGGUGGAGCGCAACGUGGCUUACAACAACAUGGGUCACGCUAUCUUCACGGAGGACGGUGUGGAGCAGAACAACGUGGUGGAAUACAACCUUGCAGUGUUCACCAGGACCUCCUCUUCCCUGCUCAAUGUGGAUGUGACGCCUUCCUCCUUCUGGGUGGUGAACCCCAACAACAUAUUCCGUCACAACGCAGCAGCGGGCGGCACUCACUUUGGCUACUGGUACAGGCUGGAGCGCCACCCUUCAGGCCCCUCCGCCACCAACAGCUACUGCCAGAACAACGAACAGAUGGGACAGUUCUUCAAUAACACUGCUCACUCCAUGGGAAGGUAUGGGCUGUGGGUGUUCUCCAUGGACGGCUACUUCCCCAAGUCUCGCAACUGUGGAGGAAGUGAUCAGGUGGCCAAGUGGGAAAGUUUCACUGUCUGGCACUGUGACCGCGGCGCUGAGGUGGUACUUGGUGGUGCCCUUCAGUUCCAUGACUUUGUGGCACUGGACAAUGAACACGCCGGCUUGGAGAUGGUGAAGAUGUUGGGAGGCUUUGGCGAAGAUGACGGGCCUGGUAUCUUCAAUUCCCUGGUGGUGGGGCACUCGGCUCUCAGUUCAGGGUCUUGCAGCGACGAGGCAAGCGGCAUCAUCGCCCCCAAGCAGUACCUCUUCAGUAUCUCCGACGUCACCUUCGUUAACUUCGACACGGGCACCUGCUCUGCUCUCUCCGGCUGCUCCCAGUGUAAGGUGUUCCAGGGAGGCUUCCAGGUGCAGGUCAAGGGUCUCUCCUUCGAUAACUCACCCAAUAAGCUGAGGUUCUUGUGGGAGCAUGAGACAAUCUGGAUAGACGCUGAUAGCUCGCUGACAGGAACGACAGAGGCAGUUGUUGUUCCUGACAUGGGCAUCUUACCUCCAUCCUCCUGCACUGCUGACUCUGCCUUUGCUGUCAAUCCAGAGUUCCCUGGGGUGGUUUGUACUGGCCUCAAGUUUGCCAGGUUCAACAUUAAGGGCCCCGACACUGAGCCAACCUCCCUCCAAGCCCGAGACCUGAUAGUUACCAAUGAGCACGGCACCACCAAUGUCCCUUACCGAGUGAAGCGUCUCACCACCGAGGGAUGGAUGGGUAUUGUGUACACCGGCGCCACCUACGACUGGACCUUUGAUGAAGCAGAGCAGAUCACCAACAUUACAUACGUGGCUGACACAAGACACCUGGCUGCCGGGGACCACUACUUUGUGCGCCACACCUUCCUGCAGACACCUGAUGGCUUUGGAACAACAAGUGAUGAGAGGGAGAGUUUGGACGCCCUGCCUGACCCUGCCACCAAUGUUCACGGAGACUUCUACUGGGAGGACAGCACAAAGCAACUCACCUAUUUGGUGUCCCAUACGGAGGCCUCAGAGAGACACCUGCGCACUGUGUUUGAUGACCGAGUUGAAGGCGACAAGAGAAAUAUUGACUUCCGUGUUUACAGGUGUCAGUAUGAGGGCUGCAUCCCCCCCACCCCACCACCAGUGCCCACCGGGAGACCAGACGUAUCCUUCCGGUGGUCUGACGUAGAGACCUGGAAGGAGGUGCCUGUGGGGUCCGGCGGUCACCCUACUGAGAACGAGUACAACCUGCCUGUGGAGGGAGAUGAGAUUAUCAUUCCCAAGGGCAUGUGGCUCAUCGUUGACACAGCGACACCCAAGCUGGCCCGUGUGUAUGUGUACGGCACCAUUGAAUUUGAUGACACUAUGGACCAUGACUUUGAGGCCACCAUUAUUUACAUCCAGGGAGGAUCUGUGGUCGCUGGCUUCUCCUCAGACGCUCCCUUCACUCACAACCUCAACAUCCGCCUCCGUGGCUCCCUGGACCCCACUGACCCUGACAAUGAGGACAUGCCUAUGCCUCCUGGAGUCCCUAAUGUUGGCUGGAAGGCUAUGGGUGUGUUUGGCUACCUAAAGCUUCACGGACAGGUGUCGGGAAGCUCCUGGCUCAAGCUCGGGGCCACGGCUGAAUCAGGCAGCACCACUGUCACCCUGGCUGAGGCUCCCGAUGCAUCCUGGCUCAACAAGCAGGUGGUGGUGACAGCGACAGGCAAGGAGGCGACGGAGAGUGAGGUGCGACUAGUGACGGACAUUACUGGCUCCACUCUCACCCUGGACAGCCCUCUUAACUUCCAGCAUCUUGGGGACACACACACACUGUCUGACGGCUCCUCCAUCACCCUGGCUGGCGAGGUUGGCCUGCUGACUCGCAACAUUGUGGUGGAAGGCAACACAUAUGAAGGCUUUGAGGACGACAGUUUCGGAGGAAGGGUUCUCGUCUCCAAACUGACGCAUGAUGGAGUGGACUAUGUUGGCACUGCACAGAUUGACGGCGUUGAGUUCCGCAACAUGGGUCAGGAGAGCUUCACUGACCUGGAUGACCCGCGCUACUCCCUGGCCUUUGUGGGGCUGGACGCCAUCGAGGAGGACUCCAGCUACGUCAAGAGGUCGUCCUUCAACCUCAACUACAAUGUGGCUCUUGGACUCAUUGGGACAUCUGGCAUGGUGGUGGACGACAAUGUUAUCUAUUUCGCUCUGGAUUCAGGCGUAAGGGAUGAGACUGGCUUCAACACCUACACAAACAACCUCAUCACAACCGUCCUCUUCCUGGGCACUUAUGGCGACCGAGAGGAGACACAGAACCUCAAUGUGUACGGCGCCUUCCAGAUCGACAAUGCACCAAACCUUGCACUCGUCGGAAAUGUUGUUGCUGGUGCGGAACAGGCCGGCUUCAAGACCUUCGGAGAGAUGUGUGAGGAUGCAACACAGUGGAUGGACAAUGAAGUGCACAGCGCUCUCUUUGGUGUCAUGGCCUGGAGGAAGGGAUCCAUGGGGCCGGUGACAGAGUGCCGCAGAAUCAACAACUUCUACGCCUGGAGGGUUUCAGACACAGCCUUCUAUGUGCAGCACUACGCCAACUCCUUCAUCACUAACAUUCUCUCGGUGGACAAUGCCUUGGGGGUGAAUCAGCUCAUCUAUAGUCCGGCAGCGCUGACUCAUGAGUACCACCCCAAGACAGCCACCAUCUCCAUCUCCAGGUUUGUGUCCUCCUCCCCAUCUCACUCCUGCACCUACCAAGAGUCCCAGAGUGAGAUUAUGAACUUCUACGGUGACAAGCUGUGGGACGGCGGUGUUGACGGCGGCAACACAGCGCUGCUCUUUGGAACCUUCAUGUCUGGGAUUAACAUGGCCCCCAAGCAUGCCUUCUACCCGACGGACACCUACCCGGCCCUGUACGGCUCCACACACAUCCAGGACACCACCUUCUAUAACUUUGCCGACACAUCCUGCGGUCGGGACAUUGCUCUCAUGGCCAACCCUAGAUCAGAUGACGCCAUCCACCCUAUCUUUGUCAACGGUCUGACCUUCCACGACACACCAGAGGACAAUUACCUGUUCAUCCCCAGACCCAAUGUGGGAAGGGUGAAUCCGUCAGACUGUGUGGACAUGGACUGUGAUGGCCAUAGGAAGGUUGUGUGCACGGAUGAGGAUGGAUCGCUGCUGGGUGGAUCGGGUGGCACAGUGAUCUCUCAGGCGGACUGGGAGUGGGAUGGGGACGAGAGGAGAGGCAUUGGAGACUAUCGUAUCCCUGUAUCGCUCAGACAGAACGCUGAUGGCACCGAGAUUGAGGCAUCACAGAAGUUCCCCAAUAAAGGCAUCGCUCGGGACGAAUCCUGCUCCGUUGCGUCGGCAUGGCAGGCGUGGAAGUGCACCUCUUUGUCUCACCGCAUGAUGAUUCUCGAGAGCAUGGACACAGAUACCGAGGUGCGGCGUCUCUCCCCCAUCGCUCUCAUCGCCAACCCAGGUUUGUCAGGGUACGUGGACCUCCUCAAUGGACCAAUGGAUCGUGGCUGGUGUUUCGGGUACACUUGCCAGGAACGCAUCUCGACCUUCUACGCUAUUGUGUCCAGCCAGGAGGUUUACGAAAUUGGCAUGACCAGCACACCCCCUCAGGUGCUGCGUCUCCACCUUCUACACGGAUCACCCUCCGAGGCCGUCAUCGUGCGCAUCUUCUUCCCCAAACCCCAGCGGUACGACAUCUAUGUGGAUGAUGUCUUUGUUCCUCCGACCAACCUCGACACCUCUGCCUCCGGGUACCAGCUGCUCCCUGAGGACAGCUCCAACCUUGAGGAGUUCUUCCCUACACUGGACGAUGCCGUGGGCACCAACUACUUCCAGCGCAGUGCCAAGCUAGUGCAUGUGGUGCUGCGGAGUGGCCACGUGGUUGACAUCAAGACCACACCGAUGAUCACUCUGUCCAGCGGCUUGGUGGUGACCGACGAUGAAUUCUUUGAGGAGAACCUGGUGUCCAAUCUGGCUGACCUGUUUGGAGUGUCCGAGGAGAACAUUAGGCUGACCAAUGUUGUGCGAGAGGACUCCAGGAGGCAGGAGAGUGGCACGGUGGAGGUGGAGGCAACGGGUGAAGUGGCCAGUGCUCCCACCACAAGCCUGAGUGGUGAGGGAGGAGAGGGAGCGGUGGGUGGGGAGGUGAUAUCGUACGAGGAACUGAUAAAGGACCUGGAGGCGGCCAUCAACAAGUUCCAGGAAGGAUCGUGCACCAGCUGUCUCUCUCUUGCGGUGAAUGAUCCUGUUGAGCCACCCCCGAAGGAAAUCCCUCCCAAGGCCACAGAGGAGGAAGGCAGCGUUGUUGGGGAGGAAUUGUUCUCCGACAAGCAACAGCAAGAGGAGGCGGAGGAGCUGGAGGAGAGCCUUAAGACCACAGAGUAUGCCCAGCCCUCUGACAUACAGCUGGUUCAAGGCUUGUCCGACAGUGUGGUGCAGAACGCGGUAUUUGCCAUGCAACCCAUCGUCACUGUGCUGGAUGAGGAGGGUGAAGUUGUGAAUGACCUUGGCCACAGCAGUGAUCCCUGGCUGGUCACCGCUCAGCUCUGUGGAGGGCCUGAGGGUGCAGAGCUCAAGGGCACCCUCUCAGUUCCCUAUGUGGACGGUGCUGCCACCUUCACCAACCUGCUAGUGACUGAGCCUGGUGAUGGGUACAGCCUUUCCUUCACCAUCACACACCCCGCAGAUGCCCCAGAUCUCUCCGUUGCCAUGGAGGACACUUUCAGUGUUGAAGCGAUGACCCCGGCAAUAACCGUCCUGCACCCUGAGUAUCUGAUCCAGGGACAGUCCAUUGCCUCCUCUGUGCAGUUUGUGGACUUGGACACACAGCAGCUUCUCGAUCCUGACUUGUUUGCGAGCCAGACCAUUGUUGGCGAGGUGCUGGCCAGGACUCUUGGCGGCGAGUAUCAGCUGAUCAAGAGGCUGUACUGGGCGGAUGGUGCAUUGUCAGAGCUCUCCCUGGAUGACAUUGUGGUGGAGGAGAGCAGUGUGAGGUAUGAGCUGCUUGUCAAGGUCGCUGUGGUGCCCAACGGAUGGUACCUGGAAUAUGCCACACCAAUUAUGGUGGUAUACCCUGAGCACCUGGUGGAAGUGGAAGACACUGUUGAGAAGGAACUGGGCACUCUCAUCUACAGGUUUAGAAAUCAGGAGGACGUGGAGGUGAAGAUUGAAGAUGAAAUGUUCAAUAUCUUGAUGGACUCUGUGGACAUGAUGGCCGACGGUGUUCGCUUUGGGCGGCCCACUGUCAUAUUUUCAAGGAAGAACAGGAGUUCACGAAACAGGGUCAAAGGAGAGUCUACAUUCAUGAUCACCGGCCCAGAAGCAGAAGUGGACGAGGCCAUACUGAAGACCUGCCAAUUGCUGAGGAGGCCAAUCCCAAUGGAUAUCAUGUACGAAUGCAGGGCGUGGAGAUACGGAAUGAAGAAACUGCUCGUGGAUGGCAAAUAUGUGCGGUGUAGGAGUAAAAUUAAGGGAUAAAAUGAAUGGCUGAGGAAGAUGCAGGACUCCUAUCACCAAAUGCUUCAGUUAAUGUUGGAAAAUAUUUGCAGUCAACGGAAACUCAAGUAAAUCAUUCGUGUGGUAAAGUGAAGUGCAGGAAUACAAUUGGUAGAUGAAUAAACUAGUAAAAGAUUCAAGAAUUCUUUCAACAAACACACACACACACGCACACUUUAUUGGAAGGUUUCAUCAGUCGACAGAAUCUCAACUAGAUAAUUUAUAAAGCAAAGUCCUCACCCCACUUAAUAUUAGAAGAUAUAAUAUACUGUAGCCUGCAGGGAAUGUCUCGCACAAAUGUAUAUUAUUGGAAGACGUGAACUUAACUAUAGAUCAUUAUUCACCUGGCAAAUUCCUAAUCCUUAUUUGGUAAAAGAAGGAGGAGCUGCUUCAAGACAUUUAUUUCAUCCUUUUGGUGAACCCUCUCAGACCUGCUCGGGAACUGGCAUCAAAGUGGGCAUUUUUUUUUUUUUUUUUAUUGUUACCUACCCUUGGCCAAAUUUCCCCUCUUACAUUAAAAAAAAAAAAAAGAAAAGAGAAAAUAUUUGUUCUUUGCAAAUGUUCUUCCACCAAAUGUCACUGAUAAGAAGACACAAAUUCAGAUUACUGUUGUUACUUAGAGCUGCAAAUUUGUGAGUGUACUGACAGUGUAUUAACUUGAAAUACAGUGUUUUGGCAUCUUCAGAUAAGGAGUCACUGCAAAGCCUCUUAAAUACAUCACCUCUUGUAUUUAUUUGAACUAUUGUAACUAACAUCGUUAUUGAGUUGCGAGUUCGUGCCUGCAGUGUUGUGAUUUAUUCUACAAGUUGCAGUGUUGCCUAAACAUACCAAUUGUAUUUUUUAAUUUGUGUGGCAAUAAAGAGUUUUAUCAUGCAUACUUA